ACUGAUGAUCAUUCUGAGACCUUACAAUCAAAAUUUAAAGUAAAUAUGACUGCAAUGUUAUUAGAUAGUGACUCCAGAGAAUCUAGUAUUUUAGCAUCAUAUAAAGGUUCCAUUGUAUCUAAGACUAAUGAUCAUUCUUAG